AUUUCUGGUUGAUGGAGCACGAAUCAUGCCUCCACCGGAAGCGAACCCUCCUCCACCUUCUCCAAUAGAGCUGUGACUCACACUCCAAUCGAACCCUCCACCUUCGACCUCCGUCCGCGGCGGCACUGGACUGGACUACCCGAAUCCAUCCUGGGAGAGGGUUCCCUCCAUAUCCCUCAAACAAACAGGCCAUAGUGUACCCUCUUUAACCGAGCUAUAACGGCCUGUGGAACUAGUUGUAUCGAAUUUCCAACGGUGCAGCAUGAGGAAUGGUAGCAGAGAACCUGAGAGAGAUAUAGACACACAGUCACACUGAAUCGAAGAACGAUUGGGAGAGAUAGAGCAAAGAUCGAUCCCCCUCUCACCCCAUCCGUCUUGGAUUGUAUUCUCCUACCUCAAAAUCGAAAUCGAAAUCGAAAAUGGCAACAACCAAAGCAGCAGCUGGCGCUGGCUCCACAAGUCUUCCCAAGACGGGAGCCAUUUCCAAAGGAUACAACUUUGCUUCGACUUGGGAACAGAAUGCCCCGCUCACAGAGCAGCAACAAGCAGCAAUAGUAGCACUUUCUCACACAUUUGCUGAGCGACCUUUUCCUGUCAAAUUGUCCCAGGAGCAUGUAGGUGGACAAGAUAACGGUUUGUCCAUUUCCACUAAGCACAGCACCAUGGAAGAAACAGGGGAAAUUGAAGCGGUUUUGGUCAAUACAAAUCAGUUUUACAAAUGGUUUACAGAUCUUGAAGCAGCUAUGAAAUCAGAGACCGAAGAGAAGUAUCAGCACUACUUAACCAGUCUAACAGAACGCAUACAGACAUGUGAUGGUAUACUUCAUCAGGUGGAUGAAACCCUGGAUCUGUUUAAUUUAUUACAGCUGCAGCAUCAAGAAGUGGCAACAAAGACCAAGACUCUUCAUGAUGCAUGUGAUCGAGUGCUAAUAGAGAAGCAAAAACUGAUCGAGUUUGCAGAAGCACUUCGUACUAAACUCAACUACUUUGAUGAAUUGGAGAAUGUUGCUACCAAUUUCUAUUCUGUGAAUGUUGCGAGUGGAAACUUUCUCGCACUGCUCAAAAGACUAGAUGAGUGCAUAUCGUAUGUUGAAAGCAAUCCUCAGUAUGCUGAAUCCAGUGUUUACUUGGUCAAAUUUCGACAACUACAGUCUCGAGCACUGGGUAUGAUUCGUUCUCAUGUUCUCUCUGUUCUCAAAAGUACUUCUUCUCAGGUCCAGGCAGCAAUUCGAAGCAGUAGUGACAGCAAAAUGGCUGUUUCAGAGGGUGUAGAGGCAUCUGUCAUAUAUGUCCGCUUUAAAGCAGCAGCAAGUGAGCUUAAGCCAGUGUUGGAGGAAAUUGAAAGAAGAUCACCCAGAAAAGAAUAUGUGCAAAUUCUUGCGGAAUGCCACAAACUGUACUGUGAACAGCGGCUCUCCCUGGUCAAAGGCAUAGUGCACCGGCGGAUAUCUGAAUUUGCCAAGAAGGAUAAGUUGCCAUCAUUGACUAGAUCUGGAUGUGCAUACUUAAUGCAGGUAUGUCAGCUUGAGCAUCAACUCUUUGAUCAUUUUUUCCCAUCUUCUGCAGAAGAUAUUUCAAGUUUGGCUCCUUUGAUAGAUCCUCUGUGUAUGUACUUGUAUGAUACUUUACGCCCAAAGCUUAUCCAUGAAGCGAAUCUUGAUAUUCUGUGUGAACUUGUGGACAUCCUUAAAGUUGAAGUCCUUGGAGAAAAAGUUAAUAGACGAAGUGAAUCACUUGCCGGACUACGUCCAACAUUAGACAGAAUUUUAGAAGAUGUUCAGGAGCGAUUGACUUUCCGUGCUCGAAGUCAUAUUCGGGAUGAAAUCUCAAAUUAUAUUCCUUUCGGUGAAGAUUUGGAUUACCCUGCUAAGCUGGAGCAAUCGCCUGAGAUGAAACCAGAGGCUACUUCCGCUGAUGAAAACCCAGAUGUUUUCAAGACUUGGUACCCGCCCCUGGAGAAAACUCUGUCAUGUUUGUCGAAGUUGUAUCGCUGUUUAGAACCUACAGUUUUCACGGGUUUGGCACAGGAAGCUGUUGAAGUUUGCUCGAUGUCCAUCCAAAAAGCAAGCAAACUGAUUGCAAAAAGAUCAUCGCCAAUGGACGGACAACUUUUCCUUAUUAAGCAUCUCCUCAUCUUAAGGGAGCAGAUUGCACCAUUUGAUAUAGAAUUUUCAGUCACACAUAAGGAACUUGAUUUCUCGCAUUUGCUGGAUCAUCUGCGACGAAUUCUUAGAGGCCAGGCCUCGCUGUUUGAUUGGUCAAGAUCAACUUCCUUGGCGAGGACACUAUCUCCUCGAGUUUUAGAAAGUCAAAUAGAUGCCAAGAAGGAGCUGGAGAAAAGUCUCAAAGCCACAUGUGAAGAGUUCAUUAUGUCAGUCACGAAACUUGUUGUGGACCCCAUGCUUUCCUUUGUUACGAAGGUUACAGCGGUGAAAGUUGCAUUGUCCUCAGGCAGUCCAAAUCAAAAGAUAGAGUCCCCUAUGGCAAAACCCCUCAAGGAUCAAGCUUUUGCUACACCAGAUAAGGUUGCUGAACUUGUUCAGAAGGUCAGUGUUACGAUUCAUCAAGAGUUGCCAAGAGUGAUGGCCAAAAUGAAGCUAUAUUUGCAGAAUCAGUCAACACGUACUAUACUUUUCAAACCUAUAAAGAGCAACAUUGUUGAAGCCCAUACUCAAGUACUAUCCCUCCUAAAAUCAGAGUAUUCUCACGAAGAGAUACAAGGCAUUAUCAAUAUGACUUCAAUACAGGAUCUGCAACUGCAACUUGACAGCCUCCUAUAGGAUGCCUCUCAAGCCGUUGGUGGUUAAAAAAAUUCCUAUACUUCAUCAAUUUCAUCAUAGUAAACAUAGAGUUGAAGUCUGCCACUAAUAAUUAGCAUCCUGGAGGCUAGCUGAUAAUCGCCAAAUAUUUGUUGAGGACAUUGGGAUAAAAGAUGUUAAAUGGUGCUUCACAUUUAAAGAAGAAAGCAUGGACGGUCUCAGAAAAUUUUGCACAAAAAGCAGAUCAAGUGCCCAGAGAGUGGAAAAGCAUAGAAGUACAAAGCUGAUUUAAUUAUUCAUUGUUGACAAUUUUGAACAGACUGUUUAAUUUGAGAACGACCAUGUCAACAAAUUCAUGGACGCAGUGUAUGCAUUCUUCUUGUCUGUUCACAGCAUACGUUGUGAAUGAUGUGUAUUUUUAUCGAAGGAAUACUAACCCAAUCCUCUUUCUUUUCAGAAUGAAUUCAUGCCAGCAUUUGCAGUA